AUGAAGGUGUCAGAAUCAGACUCGGUCGGCUUCGACGCGGAGGUUUCGACACGGUUGUCUCGCUCGUACCCCCUGGCGGCCGUGGUGGGCCAGGACAAUAUCAAGCAGGCGCUGCUACUGGGUGCCGUGGACACUGGGCUGGGAGGUAUUGCUAUAGCAGGCCGCCGCGGUACGGCCAAGUCCAUCAUGGCUCGCGGCCUGCACGCGCUGCUGCCUCCCAUUGAGGUGGUGGAAGGCAGCUUCUGCAACGCGGAUCCGGAGGAUCCCCGCUCAUGGGAGGCCGGCCUGGCUGGAAAGAUCGGCGCGGGGCCCGUCAAGGCCAAGCUGCGAUCCGCUCCGUUCGUACAGAUCCCCCUGGGUGUCACGGAGGACCGCCUGGUGGGCACCGUGGAUAUCGAGGCGUCCAUGAAGGAGGGCCGCACCGUGUUCCAGCCUGGUCUUCUUGCUGAGGCCCACCGCGGCAUCCUGUACGUGGACGAGAUCAACCUGCUGGACGACGGCAUCGCCAAUCUGCUGCUGUCCAUUCUGUCGGAUGGCGUCAAUGUGGUGGAGCGGGAGGGCAUCUCGAUCAGCCACCCUUGCCGUCCUCUCCUGAUUGCCACGUACAACCCCGAGGAGGGCGCCCUCCGCGAGCACCUGUUGGACCGCAUCGCCAUCACCCUGUCAGCCGAUGUGCCAUCUGCCUUCGAUGACCGAGUCAAGGCAAUCGACGCAGCCAUGCGCUUCCAGGACAAGCCGCAGGACACCAUUGACGAGACUUCGGAGCUGACGGACGCGCUGCGCACCUCGGUCAUCCUGGCGCGUGAAUACCUGAAGGAGGUCAACAUUGCUCCUGAGCAGGUGACGUACCUCGUGGAGGAGGCCCGCCGCGGCGGUGUGCAGGGUCACCGCGCCGAGCUUUACGCUGUCAAGGUGGCCAAGGCAUGCGCCGCGCUAGAGGGCCGCGAGCGCGUCAACAAGGACGACCUGCGCCAGGCGGUGCAGCUGGUCAUCCUGCCCCGGGCCACCAUCUUGGACCAGCCGCCGCAGGAGGAGCAGCCACCGCCGCCGCCGCCCCCACCGCCGCCGCCGCCGCCGCAGGACAACAUGGAGGAGGAGGACCAAGACGAGAAGGAGGAAGAGAAGGAAGAGGAGGACAAAGAGAACGACAACCAAGACCAGCCUGAGAUCCCUCAGGAGUUCAUGUUCGAGGCGGAGGGCGUCAUCAUCGACCCCUCCGUCCUCAUGUUUGCACAGCAGCAACAGCGGGCGCAGGGCCGUAGCGGCCGCGCCAAGACGCUCAUUUUCUCGGACGACCGCGGCCGGUACAUCAAGCCCAUGCUCCCCAAGGGCGAUAAAGUCAAGCGCCUUGCGGUGGACGCCACUCUGCGCGCCGCGGCGCCGUACCAAAAGAUUCGGCGGCAGCAGGCCAUCAGCGAGGGCAAGCAGCAGCGCAAGGUGUAUGUGGACAAGCCGGAUAUGCGUUCCAAGAAGCUCGCACGCAAGGCCGGCGCCCUCGUUAUCUUCGUGGUGGACGCCAGCGGCUCCAUGGCGCUGAACCGCAUGAGCGCAGCCAAGGGAGCGUGCAUGAGACUGCUGGCAGAGUCGUACACGUCACGUGACCAGGUCUGCCUCAUUCCCUUCUACGGGGACAGGGCCGAGGUGCUGCUUCCGCCUUCAAAGUCGAUUGCCAUGGCCCGCCGCCGCCUGGACUCGCUACCCUGCGGUGGCGGCUCCCCCCUAGCACAUGGCCUGUCCACGGCCGUGCGUGUCGGUAUGCAGGCUUCCCAGGCGGGUGAGGUGGGUCGCGUGAUGAUGGUCCUGAUCACGGAUGGCCGCGCCAACGUGAGCUUGGCCAAGUCGAACGAGGAUCCGGAGGCGCUCAAACCCGACGCGCCCAAGCCCGCCGCUGACCAGCUCAAGGACGAGGUGCGCGACAUGGCCAAGAAGGCCGCCGCGGCUGGGAUCAACACGCUGGUCAUUGACACGGAGAACAAGUUCGUGAGCACGGGGUUCGCGGAGGAGAUCGCGAAGGCGGCGCAGGGCAAGUACUACUACCUGCCGAAUGCAUCCGACGCCGCCAUCGCGGCAGCUGCCAGCACAGCUAUGGCGGCAGCCAAGGCGCUGUGAGGGGCUGCGGGGUGUUUUCUGGGUUGUGGCUUUGCAUGUGGCUUUGUCUGCAUGCAUGUAUAGCAUUAGUAGAGGAGCUACACAGUUCGCCAUGGGUGGAGCUGCCAGGUGCCUUGGAAUUUUUGAUGUACUGACUUCUAGAGCAGUGUAUGAUUUGCCUGUUGUGAUGGCGUGACGUUUGCAUUCCGACCCGGGUCGGCCUCUGGCGGAAACAAACAGAGCUGUGUCUUGGACUUGUCCAAGUCCGUCUGGACAACUCAUGGCUGGUGCGGCAUGACUGCGGUGGCACGGCCCGAGAACCCUUUCAAACUUAGGAGCGGUCGUGGACCUACAGGUCGUGUUUUCGGCGCACUGGCCUCGCUGGUUUACUGAUGUCGAUCAGAGGUUGCGGUUUUAACCGUCCAGUAGGAGUUUUAACCGUCCAGCUGGGGAACAACGACCGCUCUCCCUAGGUGCAAUUUUAUUGCAGGGGAAAACGCUUGCGAUUUUCUUGACGUGAGGCUGGGCCAAGGUCGGUGGACACGGGCUUCUUGAGGGAUAUGGGAGAUGAGCUUUCGGGUUGUGCACGAACACGGUGGCGUGCGGUUUCUCGCGUGGUUGUCCUAUUCAACUAUGCUGUCUGAUUCUGUCAGGUCGAGUGACUGGUCGCUUUUUGGGCCCGGAGAGAGUGUGGGUGCGAGGUUCGUCGGGAAGGACGGAUGUAGGGGAACUGUUUUGGGGCCAUGUCAGGCUAUGAUGGGCUGAUUGGUGAUCAUCAUCAGCUGAUCGCGUCUCGCGGUUUGGCUGAAAAGUCGUCUCCGCUACAGGCUCAAGAUUUGGGGGCAUGGGAAGAUUAGGUAAGAUAUGCUUCUCCUCCUACAUGUGUGUGCGACAAUCGAGACGGGCGUAUUUAAAUAUCUGAGCG